AUGACCGAAGAGGACACUGGUGAGCCCCACCAAUCCCCCGCGCAGCGCAGAGGUCGAUUCGACAUCAUCCCGUCCCCUUUGGUGUGGCCUGUCGCGAUUCUGCCUCCCCGUCGAACGGACGAACCCACAGCGAUGGAUAUCACAAAGUUUGUCGUCUCUGGCCGCGAUGCGGCUCUCCUUUACGGAGACUACGCAACCUACCAGACCCAGCUGUCCAAGAAGCUGCUCAACAGCCGCAAGAAGCUUAACAUCGCCACCAAGAAUCGCGGAAAGUUUAGCAAGAAGGGUGAGGUUGGUGUCUCGCAAAUUGCCGAGAACCAUGAAUAUGUCCACCUCCUCCUUCUCACGAGCGAGCGUGCCUGGGCCAAUGCCAUGGCCAUGAAGGCAUCGCACGCCUCGGAUGCCAAAGGCAUGACCGGCAAGACGAGAUCCCACAUAGUCUCCCGACUCCAAAAAGCAACAAAAGCGGCCGAACUCCUCGCCGAGCUUCUCUCCCAACCCGAGGCUGGCGCAUCACAAAACGACAAGCUCGAAUCCCGGGCCUACGCCGCCCACAUCCGCGGCGCCGCCCAGUUUGAGAACCAGCACUGGGAGCCCUCCCUGCGAAGCUAUGCCGUAUCGCGCAUCAUCUACAGCGCCAUGGCAACGACCACCAAAGGUGACAUCUUCAAGGACCUUCUCUCUGAUACCAUCGAUCCCUCGAUCCGCUACGCCGCAUACCAGCUGAAGACGCCGCGCACGAUACCCGUUCCCGCCAUCGCCAGACGAGCGUUCCCCCAAUCCGAUACGGCCCUCGUUCAGCAGAUCAACGAGCUCGACCCUAAUGUGUUGAAGCAGGUGGACGCCGAGGCCAGCAAGGGCGGCGAGGAGAACGCACCCAGGGCACUCACCUGGCGCUCUCGCGACGUCAAGAUCGAGGACGCCGCCAUCUCUCUGGCGUGGGGCAGAGCAGAGGAAGCCAAGACGAAGCUCUCCGAGACAUGGCCGUCCCUCGUUGAUGCCGACCCCAGGGACGUGGCUGCCGCGUAUGAUGACAUCCUCGAGGCGACGCAGGAUGCCGCCGAUGCCACAAAAGAAGCGAUCGACGAGCUGCGAGGCGAGGGCGUUUCCCAGAGCGACUCCCGCAUGCAGAGCCUGCAGAUUACCAGAACGGCGGUCAACUACGAGAUGAUUAGCUGGCGAAUCGGUCGCAACCGCGUCUUGACGGGCAACGACGAUGGCCUGGUGGAGAGAUACCAGUCGGCUCGCAAGUCCAAGAAGGCAGACAAGAUUGCCAAGGAACAGACCCCCGGACGCAAGGCGGCAAAGCUGAAGGAACUCGUCGCUCUGUACGAAGGUACCCUGCAGAGUCUCGAGGCUGCGAGGGAGUUGCCCGGCGUGGCCAACGACGAGGAGCUCGCCGACCAGCUGGAGGCUUUUACCGAGUACUUUCAAGCUCUGAAGUUUCUCUCUAUUGCCCGCUCCCACGCCAUCAUCGGCAACACCGUCAACGCGCUGGCCCUCAUCAAGCACGCCACUAGCGAAGCCCAGGAAGCCGCCUCGACCCUCACCAAGGGCUCCCAACCGCACCCCAACGCCCCGCGCAGCAUCGACGUGUCCGCCGCGGACGCAAAGGCCCUGGCAACCUACCUCCAAGGCGAACUACAGCGCCACCGCGCUCUCGUCCACCUCUCGAACCUGCUCAAGGAGUCGGCGGCCUCCAACGAGGACGACGCCCAGAAGCUGCCCCUGAUUGAGCGGCUGCGCGAGUACCCCUCCAGCGAGAUCGACCUCCAGAACAUCGUCAGUGUCCCGCCUAAGCUGUCCGCCAUCCCCGUCAAGCCCAUCUUCCUCGACGUGGCGUGGAACUACAUUGAUUACCCGGGCAAGGAGCCGCAGGAGCCCGUUGCCAAGGCGCCACCCAGCCAGGCCGCACCUGCGGCACAGAGCGGCGAGAAGCCGCAGGCACAGAAGAGAGGAUGGUUUGGUUUUGGUAGAUAA